AAAAAAAAAAAAAAAAAAGAUUCUUGACACAUGGUUGGUGGUUUGAGGAGAAUUUAAUCAUUAAUUUAAUUUUUGGAGGCAAUUAGUUAAUAAACACAAGAAAAAACAUAAAAAUGACUGAAGUUGUUAUGCCCGGAGAUCGUAUUCCAGCUGCCGAAGAAAUGGGCAAGACAAAGAAAGUUAUUCUCGGUCCCGGUUUAAGGCGGCAAGAUGAACAUGUUGUGGCCUGUAAAGUUGGUAUAUUGCAGCACAAGGAACCCAAUACCUUUUGGGUGGAUAGCUAUCAACGGCGUUAUGUUCCGGUACGGGGAGAACAUAUAAUUGGCGUGGUUACCUCGAAAGCGGGUGAUAUUUUCCGCGUCGAUAUUGGUUCCUCAGAACAGGCGGCUCUUCCUUAUCUGGCCUUUGAACAAGCCACCAAGAAAAAUCGUCCCGAUGUUAAUACCGGUGAUUUGGUAUAUGCCCGCCUUGUUGUGGCCAGCAAAGAUUUUGAACCCGAAUUGGUAUGUGUCAACUCAUCGGGCAAAAAAGGCAAACUUGGUGUGCUGUCCGAUGGUUUUGUUUUCAAUUGCAGUCUCAAUUUGGCCCGUAUGAUUUUGAGAGAAAAUUGCCCACUUUUGGCUGCCCUUACCAAAGAAAUACCAUUUGAAAUUGCUGUGGGGUUGAAUGGUCGCAUUUGGAUCAAAGCGAAAUCGGUGAAGGAGACAAUUGCUGUGGGAAAUGCCAUCCUGGCAGCCGAACAUGCAUCCAACGAACAAAUAUCGAAAAUUUGUGAAAAUAUUGGAAAUAUACUAUUUAUAUGAGCAGACAACAAGAGAA